CCGGGAACAGCCCUCCCCCGGAACGGAGCCUGUGCCGGAGCACCGGAAGGAGCGGGCGGCGGCGCUGCCAUGGGCCCUGAGGCCGAGCGGCCCCGGUUCUACGUGGGGCUGGGCCUGGCGCUGGCCUCCAGCGCCUUCAUCGGCGGCAGCUUCAUCCUCAAGAAGAAGGGGUUGCUCCGGCUGUGCCGCCGCGGCCGCACCAGGGCAGGACAAGGAGGACAUGCGUACCUGCAGGAAUGGCUUUGGUGGGCAGGACUGCUCUGCAUGGGAGUUGGAGAAGCAGCAAAUUUUGCUGCCUAUGCCUUUGCCCCUGCAACUCUGGUAACUCCACUGGGUGCUCUGAGUGUCCUGGUUAGUGCAGUUUUGUCUUCCACCUUCCUGAAUGAACAGCUGAAUGUUCAUGGGAAGAUCGGCUGCAUCCUGAGUAUCCUGGGCUCCACAGUGAUGGUGAUCCAUGCUCCGCAGGAAGAAGAGGUUUCCAGCCUGGAGUCAAUGGCAGAGAAGCUGAAAGAUCCAGGAUUCAUUGUAUUUGCUGUCUGUGUCCUGGUGAGCACCCUUCUGCUUAUCUUUGUGGCCGGCCCCCGUUACGGACAGAGCAACGUCCUGGUUUAUGUUUUGGUGUGCUCCGCCAUCGGCUCGCUUUCUGUGUCCUGCGUCAAAGGCUUGGGAAUUGCCCUGAAAGAACUGUUUUCUGGGAAGCCAGUGCUGAAAGAACCACUGGGCUGGGUGCUCCUUGUGUGCCUGGUGAUCUGCAUCAGCAUCCAGAUCAACUACCUGAACAAAGCCUUGGACAUCUUCAACACAUCUGUGGUCACACCCAUUUACUACGUGCUGUUCACCACAGCAGUCAUGAUGUGCUCUGCCAUCCUCUUCAAGGAGUGGCAACACAUGGUGCUGGACAACAUCAUCGGCACCAUCAGCGGCUUUCUCACCAUCGUGUCUGGCAUCUUCCUCCUGCAUGCCUUCAGGGACAUGCCCUUCACCCCCAGCCUCCUGCCCCUCUUCCUCCAGCAGGGCAGGACAGACCUGUGUGCCUCGUGGAGGAGCGCAGACAGACAUCAGUCAUGUCCGCACCAGCCUCUUCUGCCCUCAGAGGACAAAGGCUCUCAGAGCACAGAAGAGGAGGAGGAAGGUGAGGGCGUGUGAGGAAGCCUCUGAACUGCUAGCUCUGCUCCCACCACUGAGCAGCUCUGCUGCAAGGUCGAACCUGCUGUCUCAGCUGCUACACCAGCCUCAGGUGUGAGAUGGGGGAGCUGCCACUGCCAGGAGGCUCACAGGGACAGCAGCUUCCUGUGGCUACAGACAGGAGCCUUGGGAACUGCCCAGCUCCUGGGAUCUGGUGCCUCUUCACUGUUCUUGCAUGUGAAGAAUCCAUCUGUCCUUAUGAGGACACAGGCUUCAGCUGCCCAGAGGCCCGCAGCACUAACACAGUGCUAACCCUUACUGAGUGUGGAGACCACACGUGUGGGGAGGCCUCAGAGCCCUUUUUAAAGAACAGAUUAACAAACUAAUCUAACCUGGUGCUGAAACAGCAGGGAGAGAAGACGGCUGUCUGGCCUGAAAAGAUGCCAUACCCAGAGUAUUCAUUCAAGGACUUGUUUUGCUCACUCUGCUAGAAUUUAUUUACAGAUUCACAUCCAAGAACAGAGUACAGCCAAAAUGGGAAAAUUUCCAUGGUGCUGCCACUGCUGUGGCUCUUACAGAGGGACCAACUUCUUCAUACAGUAUCUGCUGUGCAGGUGAUGCAGUGCCUGCUGACUGUAUUCUAUUAAAAACCGUUCAGUU